AUGUCUUCGAAUUCAAAUUACAGCAUCAAAAGCGAAGAUGACAAUGCCACUAAAAAUAUAACUUUCUCUGGAGAUGAUAAUGAGUAUAUUCAUUUGGGAAAGAAUAAAUACUUGAAGAGCGAUAUUCAAGAAGCUUUCGGUGGUACGUUAAACCCCGGUACAAGUCCAUACCCCGUAAAUAAAUUUGGUAACCCAGCUCCAUUGGGACUUUCAGCUUUCGCAAUGACAACUUUUAUCUUAUCAAUGUAUAACGCACAGGCUAUGGGUAUAACCGUCCCCAAUGUAGUCGUUGGUCUGGCUUGUAUGUAUGGGGGAGGAAUACAAUUCCUUGCAGGAGUGUGGGAAUUGGCCAUAGGUAACACCUUUGGUGGUACUGCUUUAUCAUCUUAUGGAGCAUUUUGGUUGUCGUACGCUUCAAUCUUCAUUGAUAGCUUUGGAAUCUCCAGCGCAUACGACGGUGAAGACGCCAUGUUUGAAAAUGCCGUUGGGUUCUAUUUACUUGGUUGGGCCAUUGUUACUCUUAUGUUUGUAUUGACUACAACCAAGGCUACAGUGAUGUUUUUCCUUCUAUUCUUUUUCCUUUUCAUAACUUUCAUCUUAUUGGGAGCAGGUGCCUUGACAGGAAUUAAUAACAUUAGCCGUGCAGGAGGAAUCUUUGGUGUGAUCACAUCUUUCUUAGGCUGGUACAACGCAUUCGCCGGUGUAGCUACACCAGUUAACAGUUACAUAACAGCAAAACCAAUCCCAUUACCAAGAGGAAAAACUGAAUAA